UAAUGAGUGAAGGAUAAUUCCAGUAGCUCAUAAGAGGGCUCAGCGCUGCGAUAAAAGACCUUGACCAGCUGUAGCAACUGUCUUUCCGAUUCCCCCUUUUUAACUCGUCAAUCCAUAACCCAGAAAUCAGAUCACAAUUGAUUACCCUGAUGUCGGCUAUUUUCUUGCCAGUCAUUCGUCAUGCGUGCAUCAACACAGUUAAGAAGAUUGUUCACAGAUACUAGCUAUAAAGCGUGCCUGACAGCUAAUUGAAAUGCCUCAAAGUUCGGUAUCAGGUGUUACAAGGUGAGGAAGCAAAAGACAUUCGCUGAAGAGCGACAAUAAUUUUCGCGUAUGGACUUUAAAAAUGUCAAAAAUGACGAAAUCUUUUGGCGACAUCAAUAAUGUGACGAAGAAUACGUGACCGCAACUAAGGUGUCAAGUAUUAUUAUCCCAACUUUACCCGGGUGUUCAGCAGCGAAGAUCAGAAGACAUAUCUCAUUCAUCCAUACAGCGCGGGCACGUUUGUACCGCCUUGGCACGGUAUCACUGCCGAGUGGUGAACGAUUAGUCAAAUAUCCAAGCGCUUCCACCGCUGUGCGAUCAGCCGUACCCAUAUAUUACUGAAGAGCUAUGAAACGAAGUUGUUUCCCGGUUCCCUAUUCUAUAGAAUUUCUAUCAACAACCGAUGCUGAUCCCAUUGUUCACUCAUCCUAAUGCAUUUCAUACACUCCUUGUUAACUCUAUCGCUGGCAAACACAGCAUCAGCACACACGAUCUUCUGCCAGCUUAAAACAAGCCAGCAAACCUAUGCUGUGUCCUAUGGCAUCCGGACACCCUCCUACGAUGGACCUCAAACAGAUGUAAACUCGGCUAAUUUGGCUUGCAACGGGCCGCCUAACCCAACGACACCUUCAAAUAAGGUCAUCGACGUAGCGGCCGGUAAUACAGUUAGUGCUAUUUGGCGCCACACUCUUCAAUCGGGAUCAAACGAUGUGAUGGACCCCGGACAUAAGGGGCCGGUAAUGGCAUAUCUCAAGAAAGUUUCCAAUGCCACUCAAGACAGCGGUGUAGGAAGUGGAUGGUUCAAAAUUCAAGAGUCAGGUUUCACCAACGGUAUCUGGGGGACCGAUAUUGUGAUAAACAGUGGUGGAAACCAGCAGAUUCGUAUUCCGGAUUGUAUCGAACCCGGACAAUAUUUAUUACGAGCUGAAAUGAUUGCUCUCCACGGAGCGCGAUCCGUUAAUGGUGCUCAACUAUACAUGGAAUGCGCUCAAAUCAACAUCAAGGGGAGUAAGGGGACGAAGAAGCCUGCUACAUCAAGUAUCCCAGGCAUUUAUAAGUCAAAUGACCCUGGCCUAUUGAUUGAUAUUUACAAUAACCCGCCUACCAACAGUAAUCCAUAUAGGAUACCUGGCCCCGCACUAUUCACAUGUUAAGAUGGCUUCUCGCACCCAUAGAGGCCACCAUAAAUGAAGGUUUAGAGAUGGAACUUGACUGUCGUGUUCACAUAUAAGGGCAGAGAUCUGGGCUUGGAACUUGAUGCUAUUCACAAUAUAAUGAUCAACUAGGGCUGCAUAAGUCCUUGAUCAACCAAUUCCUUCUUGGCCC